GCCAAAUUUACAGAUGACGGYAUUCGGUAUUAACGGAUUCAAAGUGGUGUCGCUCUUUACGAUUCUUGCAGUGGCAGCUCUACUGUCUACUCUUUCCUCCAUAUCGGCUUUCUCAUUAACGCCGGACGGACGAGGAUUGCCUCCAAUGAGAUCAUCCACCGGCACGAGACUGAAAGCCUCGUCUUCCACCGAACACAAUGGCUCGGAUACAAAGGCAGAAGAAGUCGUUCGGAAGUAUUUUGACGGUGUCAACAAAAAGGAUCCGGAACAACUGCGAUCGUGUUUCGGGGAAUCGGCUACAAUUCGGGAUGUCUGUGCAUUAGAUGCCACGGAGCGAACUGUCCAAUCGGAUGUCCUGGUGGAUCGAUGCAUGGAAUUUGUGACCGCCCACCCCGACUGCCUCGUCCGAUUUCAUUACGGACCCAAUGAACACCGACAAAGGGAGGACGAGGACCAAGAUGGCGUCUGGGUCGUUGCGCAUUGGUACGAGAUUGGGACAUGGUUGGGAGAAUCCUGUGGAAUACCAUCACCGGAUCCUCCGCGGCCCAUGACAUGUGAAGGUCAAACUAGGUUCCGAGUUGCGGGGRCGGAUAGUGAUCCCAAGAUCCAAGAAUUCGUGGUCACGAGAACCUUCACCGAAUGGGAAAACGCCAUGAUCGCCAAAAGAAAUAAAGAGGCUCAGUUAAAGUGAUCUCUGCUCUCGUCAGUAAUUGAGGAAUGAGCCCAAACCAAUUUUGAAACGAAGGCAAGCAUCAUAGAGAGACAAUGUCCCAGAUUAAAAGCGAUUGAAACACACUCCAAAUAGCAAGUCUUGUUUAAAUUCUWUUCUUUCUUGUGAUUGGUCAGAAACGCAUUUGAAMGCUUGUUGCAGGAUUUUCUAGAAAAAGAUCGACCACUGUCAACCAUUUAUCUAAAUCGACAUUCAUCUCUCUUUUCAUUUUCCAUUCUUGACCACACCCUGGCAGUGGCUCAGAUAGUAAAAAAUUCGAUCCAGACGAGUUACCCCAACCCCAACCCCAAGAGGUUUUCGUCUAUUCGAUACGAAUAUGCUAGUAUUUAGACUAAAAAAUAAAAUGAUAG